CGCACGACCUAGGUCUACCGAUACUAACCACGCGCUGAUAUGUACAAAAGGGUUACACAAUUUCUACUCACGACUACAUCUUAGAUGAUAAGUGGCUCUGGUCAGGGUCCGGACACAGCGGAAAACAACCCUGACUUUGUACCUUGGGAAGAAAUCCAAGAUUAACCGGCUUCGGAUACCGUACCUGCUCACUGCUUUCCGACUGCGCAGAAGUAGACCUCUGUAAAGAUAUGACCAGCAGACGGAUUCUGCCUUCGUCGACACGAGCCGGUAUGGUACCUGGGCCGCCUCAGCCACAGACCCAAACGCCUCUGAAGGCUCGUUCUAAUGCACACAGCGCAUGCUUAUCGUGCCGGCGGAGGAGGAGCAAGUGCAGUGGACAAUUCCCUUGCCGGAAGUGUGUAGACCUCAAGGUCGAAUGCAUUUUCGCUCCCCCAGACACAGACCGCCGCAGCAGAUCUUUCCUGCGAUCCAUGCAGGUGGAUCAUGAGAACGAGCGCAGACUACUCAAGGAGGCCGUUCAGGAGCUCUCUCGCACCCUUCAAGAGCUAGCCCUCGAACCACCCAUGAACCCAGAGCGCCGCUCAGAGGUAGACGAAAUAUUGGCAAAGUAUUCACCUAGGGGUCAAGAGACGGUCAUUGUCGAGUCUGACGAUGGACUCUCCGGCGGCGAGCGGAAUUCUGCAAGUAGAGGCGAAACCCACAAAGGUACCUCACGGCUGGCAUCUCCAGGCCGCCAGGGCGAACUCUCGCAUAGAGUCGGCUUGGCGCAGGGAAACGGGGUCGCCGGUUAUUUGGGGAAAGCGUCUGAAAUAUCAUGGAUGCGCAGAGCGUAUAAGUAUCUAAAGCAACCGUCAUUGCGCGCACAUGGACCACUCCUUGAGGAAGACGACGAGGCCGAUGACCCUGUAACAGCGGCUAUGGCCUAUUACGUUGACGAAGCUGCGCUCUUGUCCAUCAAUGAAGACGUAGUCGACUUUCUAGCAUGGCCGGACUUCGAUGUUGCGCUGAUCCUGACGGAGGCAGCUUUUGACGCCAUGUCUGGUGUGUUUGGCUUUCUGGAUCGCGAACAAUUUCUUCAAACCUUGAUACAUUUCCCACGGUCGAAUACCUUGCCAUCAUGGAAAGAACGACGGUGGCUCGCGGUCGCCAACUUGGUCUGGGCGGUUGGCACCCGAUGGUCCGCUAUGAUCCUCCCAAGCUUACCCACUAAUAUCCCCGUUGACAACCAUCUGGUUUACUACGCCAGGUCGAGAGCACUUGGCCUCGAUCACAGGGUAGUCUUCGACCAUCCGGACCUCCAACAAACCCAGGCUAUGGGACUGCUUGCAUUCUUUUUACUCAUGAACAACUCCAUAUCUCGAGCGUGGACACUAUCUGGCAGUGUAAUACGGCAUGCCGUGUCACUUGGAUUGCAUCUGGCAGUCACGGACGCUUCCAUGGGGGGCGUCCAACGGGAGGAAAGGGCCAGGACCUGGUACGCACUUUACGCGCUAGAAGUUCUUCUAGCAGAAAUCACCGGCCGACCGAAAUCAAUCACGAUUGCCGAUGUUACCAUCCCUAUUAACGUGGAUCUUUUGCAAGAUCUGGGAGCGUCGCCACCUUCCUUAAGACGGGAAGACCCUUUAUACUUAUAUUCUCGCGGCGUAUGGCUGGAUUUUAUCAGUAAGUACGGCUACAUGUUCCACGAAACGUCCGAACGUGCUGUGAUGCAGCCGUCCACGCGAGACGAAGAACAGCAUACAUAUCUACAGUAUGCUUUUCAUCGCCUUCUCCUCAACCGUAUCAGCGAUCGUAUUGCGGUCCAUCUUUACGCCGGUAAACAGGAUAAACCUUGGUCGCAGUUCCAACGACAAGUUGAUGAGUUCCGCAAAGAACUAGCCCAAUGGGCCAAUAACCUCCCGGCCGAGUUGAAGAUUGCGACAUUACUCCCGUCAGGCGACCUUUCACGGCAGAGGCUUGAACUGAAUAUGUACUACCACAGCGUAUCUAUGAUCCUGCUCCGACCUGGUCUUUGUGAUAUACAUAUCCAGCAAGAAAGCCACACUUCUGUCGAGUGGGAUCGAGAGUGCGCGCGGUCCUGUGUUCAGGCAGCCGGCAACCUUGUGGCUCUUAUCCCAUAUGGGCCUGCAGGCCACGAGGCGUCUCGGCUCCUGCCUUGGUGGGUUUUGCUGCACUAUUUGAGUCAAGCCACCGCCGUCCUUGUCCUGGAAUUGUGCCUCGACGGUCAACACAUGCCUAAUGGUGCAAAGGAAAUUGUCCCCACAGUUAAUGCUGCAAUGGCAUGUCUAUAUCGUUUCACCGACCAGUCGUUGUCUGCAUAUAAAGCAUGGAGAAUCUACAAGCAGAUGUGCUCAGAGUUAUCGGCAAGGGGAGGCUUUGUUGGGAUCGAUGACACACCUGGCACCGGGCUGGUCCCUUUGGGUUGGACGGAGGAUCAAGAGAUGCUUGUUAUGAAUUUGUUUUCUUGACUGUGAACUGUGAGAAUCUCCAUCGGAUUCGCCAUGGCAUCCGAUCCCCGACAACACCAAGACGCAGAUGUCCUACCCAGGUAUUUCGAAUUGUUGGAUUGAGGGCCUACCUGGACUUUUUGGAUAGCAGACACGUGAUUAGCCUGAGAUGCUGAGAUAAUAUGACGACAUUCUUGUUCCAGGCUGCAUGACAGCGUCAGGCGCAGACACCAGUACUUGACUCAUUCAAGCAUCA